GCUUUCAAAUUUAAGGCGGCCAUACUCUCUAUCCAAAUCAUUCCCGCCACCAUUUAUCUCUUCAAAUCGAAAAAUCACGAGCAUUGUAGAUUGGGAAUCCACAGUGUUGAUAAAGUCCUCGAUAUGCAAAGCUGAACUAAUAUGAAAUCUACUAGACAACAAAAAGGGAACCUAGGUGAUGCUCCCAGAAAGCAAAAGGAACAUGCAGGUUCUGCUGGAGUGUGGAAAUCAACAAGUAAAAAUGGUAGACGACAUCAGAAAGUAAUAGGUGUUUUAGCUUGCAGUGUAUCUCAAGUGUCGGGUCAGCAGCUUCCAGCCAUUGGUAAAUCUUUCCGAGAAACAACAAAAAUAUCUAAAUUGGAGCUUAAAACUGAGAAACUGCAUUCUUCUGCAAAGAUUAAGCUGCAGCUUUUCCCAAUAGACGAAGGCACUCGUAUAGGAUUGGAGAAGGAUGGUCACAAUCCAUUCCUGGAGCUCACUCUAAGUUCUCGGAAGAAGAUAUCAUCUGUUCUCAAGCACCUUAAUGUCAAAUGGAGCAGUUCAAGUGUUGCAGGAGGGGAACUCAUUCUUUUUCCAUACAAUACAAGGUUGGAAAACCUAGCCACCAAGAGAAGAUGGACUUCGACUGACAGUGGCAUUAUUGCGGGAGAUGUCUGCAAAGCCAUAGGGAGUCCUGCCAUUUUCCGCCUAAGGUAUGGAUGGUUUGUUAAUCUUCAACCACAAACCUCAGGGCUACCUUCAACAUCUACUCCCUUUGAAAAUUCAUCAAAAGUUGAAGGCAUCCAGAAAGGCUGCUAUACUGUCUUAGGAACUACAUCUGAUGAUAUGGGAAAAACUGAGGCGGCAAAUGAAGGGUUCAUAAAAUCUAUCAAUAUAAAGAAAGCAGCUGAUGCAGUUGUGACUGAGCAGGUGUCCUUGAAUGUAACAGUUGACCUUGUGGAUGGCGGAGUGAAGAAUGAUGAUGGCCCUGUUCAUUCAACAGUACCAUGGGAUGAAAGUUUGACCAAUUUAAGUAUUGGAGGUCUGCUGUCUGAAGCAUCCUUGCAGGGCAAGACCGGGAACUUCGACAUGAAAUGUGAGAGCAAAUCAGGCUUGCAGCCAAUUCAAUUAUUUUCCGAUAUAAGUGUUGGAGCUUUGCUGUCUGAAGCAUCUUUACAAGACAAGGUCAAUAAUUGUGAUUCAAUAUCAAACAAGAGCAAAUCAGGCUUGCAGCCACCUACAGAGAAGGGGUUUGGUCAAUCGUUAUAUCCUUGGGAUGAUAGUCUAACUACCCUAAGCAUUGGAGGCCUCCUGUCCGAAGCAUCCUUGCAGGGCAAGAUCAAUAAUUGUGAUUCAAAACCAAACGGGAGCAAAUCAGGCUUGCAAAACACUUUAUCCACAUCUGAUUCAUUUGAUGCUUUUAUAGCUGCCCAAGUAAAUGCAAAGCCUCAAGUGCCCAAGCCAUUUUCACAAUACUCACAUUCAUCAAUAUUCGAUGCGGAAGAGACAUGCCAUGAAUUCCCCUUUCGGAACUUUUCUUCAGCGGGCAAAGAUUCUGUGGCUACUAGUGGAAGAGCUUGUUAUGGGGGCUGCAGCAAUGAUACCCGUUCAAGGCAGUUCAGAUUCCCUAAUCUAUCUGAGGUUUGCUCUAUCUUUUUUCUCGUAUUUACUACUAUUAUUGCAAUCUGGGAAUAGAAAGUAUUUUCAUCUUUUUUAGAUGAAAAAUUACCAGCUUUCACAAUUUGGCAGCUUUGAGUGCUAUCAAUCCAUCAGUGAUGCGUUGGAAUGAAAAUCUGAGCAAUGGAGUCAUGGACAUGCUGCUUUGCGCAUCCUAAUAUAAUGAUUGGGUUGAUAGUCAGCAAAAUACAUAUUAGAAUCCUAGCAUACAAAUAUACGUGGUGUUUAAGAUUUCUUUAUAUUAGUACUCAUUCUGUUCAUAAUGUGUUUGAAUCCUAGGAUACAAAUUUACAUCGCAUAAAAGAUUUCUUUAGCUUAGCACUCCAUUCUGUUCAUAAUGUGUUUGAAUCCUAGCAUACAAAUAUAUAUCACCUAUUGGAUUUCUUUACCUUAGCACUCCAUUCUGUUCAUAAUGUGGUUGCUUUCGCUUAGCUUUUGUUUUUCAAAAACUUGAGAUUAGACCUGGGAAAAAGUUAGGUACCUCAGAACUGAAAUUUAUGUGAAGGUUUUGGAUCUGAAUGACAUGCUUUAAUUUAGUAGUCAUACUUGUGGACCUGUUUCUGUUGUUCUUAUUCAUCAUUGUUGACUUUUUUCAAGUAAAAAUAAGGAGGUCAGUUUUUCAAGCUGUAAUGCGCCUUAAAAGUGUACCAUUUGAGGAUAUGGCCAUAUUUGCAGUCCAUUGUUUCUUGGAGAUUUUUCAGGUGUAGUGGAUAUUGUCUUGCUUUGUUUAUGUAGGUCAACAGUCAAGGAGGAUUGG